AUGUCCAACAGUACCUUACCAACAGAAGACAAUCAAAUACCGGUAAAAAUAGCACGAGUACUAUCAGUAGUAUGUGUCUUCUUCAGCGCAUACUUCUUCUUUGUCUACGUGAAGACCUGUUGGCACAACAAACAGAUCAGUAAACUUAUCCAUGUUAGCGUCGUAGUCACCAUGUGCAACGCAAUAGCAAUGUCGUUUGUCGCUAUUGGACCAUUAAUACCAUUCGAUUCGGAGUACCAUAACUCUGCCAUAGUAUUUUCAUUUGCUUUACCUGCUGCGACGACUAGUAACUUGAUGACAGCUAGUGUUAGUGUGGUUAUUUUGGAUCGUAUCUUGAUCAUAUACUAUCCAAAUGGCAAGUAUAAGACGGUUUUGUUCAAGGCUGCCAUUUUAGUAUUUAUCUGUUUGGCUAGUUUUAUCGUAGUUCAUUCGACUUUGUUUGAUAUGCCACCUAAUGAUACUACCAGUAAGUGUUAUAUUAUAUAAUAGUAUAUAAAAAUUUUUUUUAAAAAAAAAGUUACAGUAUGCCAGAGAUAUUCUUACUGUACUUUUGGUUUGAGCCCGGCCCAAUGGUUCACAUUUUUGGCCGGUUUUGCAAAAUCAAAUUUUUCGUUGUGGGACCAAAACGAAACUUUGAACCAUUUCUUUAAGCUUGGUCUUUAUGCCCUCACGAUCCAGCCAGGCCUCUUUCAAACUUAUUUAGGUCUAGUUUAGGCUUAAUGGGUCGAAAAUAACUCUAAAAAAUACUAAUAAUAACAAGGUUUAGAUUGCUUUCUCUACUCGUGCGUUUCCAAAUCACAUGCCCUGGUAACGACUGGGAUACGGUGGCAUUUGGGCUUAGUCAACUUUAUAUUGACAGCCAUUUUUGCUGCUUCGUUUUGUCGAUACAAGAAUAAAAGUAACAUCAAAGAGACGGUAAGAGUUUUUACUAUUUAAAUUUUUUUUAAAUUAAAUUUAUUUAAAUGUAAAUUUAUUUUGAAAUUUAAAAUAUUUUUAAAUUGAUUAUUUUUAGCACUCCCGAAUCCUCUGCUCAAUAUUAGUAUUCGUGCUCAGUGAAACCGUCUUCUGUUUAACACCUGUGGCUAUAGUGUUCUUCAAUGCUGCUGCCCAUUCGUACAAAUUCCACUUGGUACCCUUCCUCACUUUGGCAUUUUGUUUUGAAGAGACAUUACUCCUUGGAACGUAUGUUAGAGCUUUUUGCAAAAUGCCAAAACAUCGAAUCACGUCUGUCACACCUUACAACAAAGAUACUACUGUCAAAUUGUAA